UGAAUUUUCCGAAUUUAGUUCCAAUACUGAAGGAUAUGAAAGGGGAAGAAUCAUCGUUUUCCUUAGCAUCUCUGCUGUCCCUUCUGUUUCUGUUCCUCUCCUUCUUUACACUUACAGUCCAAGGAAGAACCGUAUGUUCUUCUGUUUGUGGAAAUAUUACGGAUAUCAGAUACCCAUUUCGGCUGGAGAGUGACCCGCUUGACUGUGGUGUUCCGGUGUACCAACUUUCUUGUGAGAAUGAUCAAACCAUCUUGAAUUUUCUGUCGGGAAGAUACUAUGUGAAGAGAAUUAGCUACGAGGAGCGCGUAAUCCGUCUCGUUGACUUUAAUUUAGCCGACGUACGCUGCAGUCUUCCGUUCACUAAUCUAUCGAUGGCAGAUGUGUUAUGGGACGGCCGGUACAGCGCAGUGCUUAGUUACCAUCACGUUAAUUUUCUGACAUGCUCCAAGAAUCUCACUGAUCCGGCUUACACAAGAGUGCCCUGUUUGAGUGGGAAUGCGCAUCAUGUGUUUGUUAAUAUUAGCAACUACUAUCUGUUUCCUGAUGAGAUACCGGCCUCAUGCGAGAAGACUUCAUGGGUUCCGACCGUCUAUGAUGAAUCGAAGAAGAAUCUUUCAUAUGAAACCAUUUCGAAGAUGCUGGAGGAGGGGUUUGAUGUGGGAUGGACAGUUGACUGCUGGUAUUGCAAGUUAGCUUAUGGCGAUUGCUACUUAAAAUCAGAGGAUAAACCGUACAGGUAUAAUUGUAGCUAUGAUGAUGAUUAUGUUCCUACAUGGCAGAUAAUCUUGGCUUUUCUCAUGCUCAUUCUGAUCGGGUUAAUACUUCUUGUCCGAUUCAUCCUUGCUCCGCUGGUUGUAAUUGGAAUCAUUCUCCACAUGUGUAUUACUACGCGAAAGAAGAAUAAAAACGUGGAAAACUUCGCACAGGGUCAGCAAUUCUCGACUACCAAGAGGUACUCUUAUGCUGAUGUCAUGUCCAUGACAAACAACUUAGAGGACAAAUUGGGGCAAGGUGGCUUUGGAUCAGUUUAUAGGGGCCAACUCCCUGGUGGCUGUUUUCUUGCUGUUAAACUACUUGGAACUUUAAAAGUCAGAGAGGAAGAUUUCAUUAAUGAAGUUGCUGUAAUUGGUAGGAUUCGCCAUGCCAAUGUGGUACAAUUGGUAGGAUUCUGUUCUGAGGGUUCUAAAUGCGCUCUUCUCUAUGAAUAUAUGCCUAAUGGUUCUCUCGAGAAGAAUGUUUUCUCCAAAAGAGGAAAAGCUCAGGAAUACAGUUGGGAGAAACUUCAACAAAUUGCUUUAGGAAUGGCAAGGGGUAUUGAGUUCCUGUGUACAGGGGAUCAUGACUUCGCUGUUCAUUUAGAUAUUAAACCUCAGAAUGUUCUGCUGGAUCAGAAUUUCAUCCCCAAAAUAGCAGAUUUUGGCUUGGCAAAACUCUAUCCAAAGAAGUCUGAUUUUGUGUCAAUGUGUGCAACUGGUGAAGCAAUUAGAUACAUGGCACCAGAAAUGAUCUCAAGGGAUUUUGGAGAGGUUUCUAUCAAAUCUGAUGUUUAUAGCUUUGGGACGUUGCUGCUGGAAAUGGCUAGCAGAAAAAGGAAUGUUGAUGUGGAUUCAUGUAAAAUGUUCUUCCCUUCAUGGGUGUAUGACCAACUUGAAGACGGAGGGGAGACAGAGCUGCUUGACAGUGAGGCUAUCACUGCAAAAAAGCUGUUGAUAAUUGGAUUGUGGUGUACUCAAGUGAAGGCAUCAGAUCGACCCUCAAUGAGUAGAGUCAUCGGGAUGUUGCAAGGGAGCAUUUAUGAAUUGGAAAUGCCUCCAAAGCCUUUCUUAUCUACUCCUCAGUAUACGUCUAUGAUGGAGCUUCAGUUGGAUUCUCCAAAUGAGCUGCUAAUAAUAUCUGAAUCAAUGGAGAAAAGCUCAUAGAAAAUCAGAAAACCUCCAGAUUCUCCCACUAAGAUUUUCUAGAGUGUAAAUAUGUACUGUUUCUAUGUGGUUCUAGUAGCUAGGCUGUGUACUCUCUUGUGAAAAGAACUAGUUUUAAAAUUAAUUCCAUGCAAUUGUGGAAGCGCUGAUUUUCUUGUUAAUAUUAUAACUCAGGUAAAUAAAGUAUUGGAGGGUCU